CCUCAACACUUCCUGGUUUUAAAUGGCCGACUUGCCGACAAGCGAUAAACUCACGCGAUAACUUCUUUUGUUUUGUUGUUCUCGGCACAACAAGUCGUAUUUGUUGCUACAAUGCCGGGUGGCGAUAAAGAAACCGACCUGACCGAGAGAGUCGAGGCCUUUUUGUCCGACUUGAAGCGAGGCGGGAGCGGGACCGGACCUCUGCGGGGCUCGGCGGAGACAGCCCGAGAAACGACCUCCUUGCUCCGCAGGAUCGCGUCGCAGGCCCGGUGGAGCAGCGCAGGCGACCUGAUGGAAAUCAUCCGAAAGGAGGGCAGGCGGAUGGCCGCCGCCCAACCGUCGGAGACCACCGUCGGGAACAUGAUCAGACGAGUGCUCAAGAUUAUCAGGGAGGAGUAUGCAAGGUCUCGAGGCAGCAGCGAGGAGCUGGACCAGCAGGAAUCUCUCCACAAGCUGCUGACAACAGGAGCGCUCAGCGAAGAGAACUUCCGCCAGCAUUUCGCUCCCCUCAAAGCUAACGUCAUCGAGGCCAUCAACGAGCUGCUGACGGAGCUGGACGGGACGACGGACAACAUCGCCAUGCAGGCUCUGGAGCACAUCCACUCCAACGAGGUCAUCAUGACCAUCGGCCGCUCUCGCACCGUCGAGGCCUUCCUCAAGGACGCCGCACGCAAACGCAAGUUCCACGUCAUUGUCGCAGAGUGCGCGCCCUUCUGCCAGGGGCACAAGAUGGCCACCAGUCUGUCAGAAGCUGGCAUUGAAACGACAGUGAUCGCAGACGCCGCCAUAUUCGCGGUCAUCUCUCGCGUCAACAAGGUCAUCAUCGGGACACAGACGGUCCUCGCCGACGGGGGCCUGAGGGCCGUCAACGGCACGCACACGCUGGCGCUGGCGGCCAAGCACCACUCCACGCCGCUCAUCGUUUGCACGCCCAUGUUCAAGCUCUCGCCCCAGUUCCCAAAUGAGGAGAACACCUUCCACAAGUUUGUCUCCCCGCAUGAAGUUCUUCCGUUCACCGAAGGGGAGAUCCUGUCCAAGGUGAACGUGCAGUGUCCCGUCUUCGACUACGUCCCGCCGGAGCUCAUCACGCUCUUCAUCUCCAACUUCGGCGGACACGCGCCGUCGUACAUCUACCGCCUCAUGAGCGAGCUCUACCACCCGGAGGAUCACGAAUUGUAAUCGGUUGCAUCAAAAAAGACAACGAGAGUCAAAUGGAUAUUAAACAAGUGAUGUCUUUGCGAUGUGUUUAUUUGUCGCCGUGUGGGCGGGCUGCUCUUGGAUCUAAGAGAAAAAUAUUUUAUGUAAUGUGUUUUGAAAGGAUCUCAAAAUGGGAACGUAUUCCAAAAACCUUAGGCACACAGCAAAAACUCCCACCGACAGAAUUCAUAUCGGCCUUCGCCCGGAGAUGUUACGAGAUGUGCCGAGUCUUCGGCGUCACGAAGGGGGCGUUCCCGCAAGGCGAGGGGCGAGGCUCGCUUCGUUUAUGGGAGGAGCCGGAAGUGAUGACGUCCGGCGCCUCGCUGCCCGGCUGAGCCACGUGACCGAUUCGGGACGCGCUUCAGAUUUCCCCGCGAGGUUUGACAGCAAUAUAAACCCCUCAUGCAGGCGCCGUUCAAAAUGGGUGCCUGCCUUCCUUUUCUUUCUCUUUUAAUAGAGUCAGAUUUGAUAGUUUGUACAAGCGCCUAGCCUGUGGAGCGUGUUGAUAGUUCAUAGCGUUCGGAGGCAGUUUGGACAGCCGACUGGCGCGGUGCCGCACGUCAGUCGUCGACAUCGUGGAAAAUCGGCUCGCGGUAGACUUGCUCGAUUUGCAACCUGCAUGCGGAUGGGGAGCACGUGACUUCCAAACUCAGGCAGGAUCGCGCCGGAGAAAUAACUCACGUGGUGAGCCUUUUUCAUUUGUUGUAUUUUCCAAGUUUUAGUCAAAGGUUUAUUUGUGAAUAAAACCUCACUGGGAGAGGAAUGAUGACUGUAA